GGUCAUGAUAACCGUGGUGCUCAAGCGGGUCAAGACAACCGUGGUACUCAAGCGGGUCAAGACAACCGUGGUGCUCAAGCGGGUCAAGACAACCGUGGUGCUCAAGCGGGUCAAGGAAGUCAAGCAGGUCCAACAUGCGAGCGGAUCACCAUCCCUCUCUGCCAAGACCUCGACUACACCGAGACUAUCAUGCCCAACAGUCUUGGUGACAGGCGUCAGGAGGAUGCAGGCUUGGGCCUCCAUCAGUUUUACCCUCUCGUAAGAGUGGGGUGCUCCCCUCAGCUGAAGCCUUUCCUGUGCUCGGUCUACGCUCCUGAGUGUGAGAGGGGGCAGCCUCGCUCUGCCUGCAGCACGCUCUGUGAGCAGGCGCGCUCCGGCUGCGAACCCCUGAUGACCAAGUUUGGGUUCCAGUGGCCUGAAGCUCUCAGGUGUGAAAACUUCAACACUGAGUCCUGCGUACGGAGACCAGCCUUCGUUUUGCCGACAGUGCCUCCUGGAAGAUGUCAGAAGAUCACCCUCCAGCUCUGCCAAGGCCUGCCGUACACCGAGACGGUCUUUCCCAACCUGCUCGGCCACACCUCUCAGAGAGAUGCCGACAUUCAGGCUCAAACGUACGCACCACUUGUGCAAGUGGAGUGCUCCCCCCACCUGAAGCCUUUCCUGUGCUCUGUGUACACUCCUGAGUGUGUGUCAGGAAGACCUCAACCUCCCUGCAGGACGCUCUGUGAGCAGGCGCGCUCCGGCUGUGAAACUCUGAUGAACAGUUUCGGGUUCCAGUGGCCUGAAGCUCUCAAAUGUGAAAAGUUUACCACGGAGACCUGUGAACACUACGGCGUGGGCAGCAACGGGGGGAUCUGCGAGCCCAUCACCAUACCCAUGUGUCAGGGCCUGUCCUACAACCUGACCAUCACCCCAAAUCUGCUGGGACACGUGAGUCAAAGAGACGCCAUGAUGAAGAUGUCCUUCUUCAACUCCUUUGUGCAAGCCAUGUGCUCCACAGACAUCCGCCUCUUCGUGUGUACAGUGUACGCCCCCAAGUGUGUGGCGGGGGAAGUGCAGAAGCCCUGCAGGUCCUUCUGUCAGAGAGCCAAGCAAGGCUGCGAGGGGCUGAUGAGGAGUUUUGGCGUUUCCUGGCCCGAGGAUCUGCAGUGCAACUCGUUCCCAGAUGAGAUGUGCAUAUCAGAGGACAGUCGACCUGAGGUGCUGACUCCUGAAGACGUUGUUGUUAAGCUGAAUGCCGGUGGAUAUUCUGUUCGGGGGAAAUCCGUGACUCUGAGGACAGCCCGCCUCCUUGUGGCUCUUGUGGAUGCAGAUAAGAGUGAAGACCUGGAUGCUGUGGAGGUCUUCAAAAUGGAGCACUACGUGGCCGUGGUCAGGAGGGAGUAUGUGGAGAGCUACGAGAAGAGGACUCCUCCCGCUGUCACCAAGCCCCAGCUGAAGAGGGCUAUGUCUGAGCGAGAGUUUAAUUUGGACGAUGGAACCUUCAGAGUUUUGUGGCGCGACCAUCGAACUGGGAACGGGAUCGAAUAUGACGACUAUUUGGCAGUCCUCACAAAACUUCAUGUCCUCAGAGAUCGUUUUCAGGCGCAACUACUCAAUUUGCCGUGUGACUGCGAGGUCGCCAGCUUCUCUUUCAGACACUUCAUGAGGUCAGCUAUCUUCUGAGGAUGUCUCAGCAGCUGAACGGACCAGAGGAGAGUUCAGUAGCAGGGCUGCGUUUUCACAUCACAUGUAUGAAUUGUCCUUUUGAAAAAAACGUUGUUGCAUUGAAAAAACUGCCUGAAGUUCUCAUCAAGCUUUCACUUCAGAUUCAAAUUUAUUUUCCUCUGCAACAAAAAAUGUCAGAAUUAUAAUAAAGACAAAAGAAAACCGA